AUGAAGAAUGCAAGAUUGGGUGUUGAGUCGCUUGUCACAGGAAUAAUGAGUCAAGAGUCAGGAUGUACGCAGAAAAGAUGGGUAGAAACCGAUGUGCUUAUUAUCGACGAAGUUUCACAAUUAAGUGCAAAAAACUUUGAGAUCAUCAAUAUUUUGGCUCAAAGAGUUGGAGGCGUUCAAAAACUGUUUGGAGGGUUACAACUUAUAUGUGCUGGAGAUUUUUUUCAGCUACCCCCAAUUAAAAGUGAUGUAGAUGAGGGAAAAUAUUGUUUUGAGAGUCCAUUAUGGAAGCAAGUGUUUGGCCAUUCUGUUAUGCUGGAGAAAGUCUAUCGGCAGGACCCGAAAGAGAAACAGUUUUUAAAUCUUCUUGAUGAAUUUGCUAUGGGGGAAUGUUCUGAUGAAUCUUUGGCUUACCUGAGAAAUGAACUAUGUGACAAACAGUUGGACUCUAAAGACUUUGGUGUUGCUUUUAUCCCUCGUAUAUUCUGUACCAAUUUUGAUGCGACCUUCUUUAAUAUGAAUGAACUUGAUAAACUGCCAGGGGAAAGGAAAGUUUACAAAUCAGUAGAUACGUGCAGUGAGGAAAUUCUCAAUAAAGUAACAAUAGCAGAACGGGAACUUAUCUUGAAAGUUGGGGCAAAAGUCAUGUUGUUGUAUAAUGUUUCAACUAAACUUACUAAUGGUUUAAGGGGAAUAGUUGUUAAGUUGGAGGAAGAUGGGCCAACAGUUAAUUUCUCCACCGUUGGUAUAACAUGCAAACUUGGCAAAAGUUCUUGGUUUGCAUAUAAAUCUAGUACCAGUAAUUGUGUUGUUGGACAGAGAGAGCAGUUCCCAUUAAAGUUGGCAUGGGGAAUUACAGCUCACAAAAUCACAGGGACAAACCCUACCUGCUGCAUACAUUCACAGUGGUAAAGAAUUUGUAGCUGGUCAGUUGUAUGUAGCAGCAUCAAGAGUAUCUUCACAAAAAGGUGUAUCAGUAUUGGGUUUCAAUCCUACCCGUCUAGUGAGAGCAGACAAUAGAGUUAUUGACUUCUACCAAACAAUUUGUUGCACCCAGCCAUCAUCUGAUCAUCAUUGUUGUUGGAAUAAGGACAUCAAUUUUGAGCCCAUUAGUGAUGCCAUGCAAUAUAUAGAAGAUCCAGAUGAAGGAUGUUUAACACAGGAUGACUGGGCAGUUAUUGAAAGCAUUUGUGAAUCAUAUUAUGACCAGCAGGGAGACAAUGAUACUAAUGAAAAUAUGGCAAAUUUAGAAGAGGUCUUGAAAGAGUCUCUUUCAGGUGACAAAGAAAUUUAUCCACCAGAAACUCUUUGUGUCCAUUCAUUUUUGGAGAAACUGAAAGAUCCCUCACCACAAGCAUCUGUUGAAGGUUCCCUUGGGACAAAAAUAAAUCUCUUGAUCACUAGUCUUCAACAACCAGAAUAUUCAAACAAAAUGAAAUCUUUUAUUGAUAUCCAGUGGGUUCGAAUAAUGCUUGCAGCAAAGGAAAAUAUGAAGACAAAGAAGGAUGGCACAGAAAGCUAUAACUUUAAGGGUAUUCUAACUGCUGAAUUUGAUAUUCUGAAUUCAACUAAUCUAGAGAGUGAAUUUUCAGCAGUUAUUGGACACAAUGAAUUUUGUGUAGAACAUCAUGCCUUAAUGACAGAACUAGUAAAGGCUAUUAGAGAAGCUAUUAUUAGCAAACUUUACUUUGAAAAAUGCUUGGAUGAACACGAACAAGACCAUACAAAUGUUUGGGACAUGAGCAAUAAAGGAAAGGGUAAAGUCCGUUAUAUUGGUGGGUGGGCUGUUGUUAAGCUGAUAUAUGGACACAAGAGAUACAUCACGAAAAAUAUGGCAUCAACUAAUCCAUGUGUGAGGAAAGAAAUGACUCGGAGAUAUAUGUAUAUUAAUAUUCUUGAGUCCUUCGUAGCCCAGUCUUCUUGUAUUCACUCAUCAACAAAAUAUGAAGAAACUUUAUCAGUCACUUUAAUGAAACAGUACAGGCAAAAUUCAUUGGUUCAUAUUAGUGAUGACGCUUUUGUAUUUUUCAUGAAUUUAGAACAGCUAAGAAUCAAAACUCUUUGCCACAAUAAACUUAACAUAUUGAAACAAGAUAUGCUUCCAAUGGCCAUUGCUGGCGUAAAGGAGGACAAAAAUCUGAAAGAUCAGUGGUUAGGAAUGUUGAGCGGUAUAGAAGGUGUGGAAGGUCACAAGCUUGUUAUUUUGGCUGAUGUUAUUGACAAGUUUUUUAACAUGGGCACUGGACAGUACAUUCGUGACUUUCGAAGAGAUUAUAAUGUCAGCAAAACUGAAGCACACCGAAAGCGAGUCCAAGAGAAAAAAAUAGUUAAAGAGAGAACUGCUGAUAAAAUAACAUUGCAGUCCAUCAAAGAUGAUAACAGUGCCCAGAGACAAGAUAGUCACAACAUGCUUGUUGCAUUGGUUACAAAAAGGCCAGGUAUUUUUGAAACAAGUACUUACACUAAACAGGAAAUAAAAACAAUAUAUGAAGCCUAUGGUAAACGAUUUUAUGCAAGCUGGAACAAAGCCAAAUUAAACGAAGCACUGGUGCAACAUAUAAAGUCAGCUGUAUGCAUGCAAAAGUCAGAUGUUUUUGACAACUGUUAA